ACACAUGAUACCCCUAGUUCUUGAAAUCUAAGAAUUAUUCGCGGUACCCCAUAUCGCCAGGUUACGAAACUCAUUCACAAAUUACAAUGAGCGGGCCAGCCGUCAACAUCGCCCAACCAGUUGUAGCGUCGCUCGCUGAUUUAAAAGCGGGAAAUGUUCCAUUUGAAACGCUCGUGGAAGCUUUUGGGCCAGACUCUCUUGGAAUCUUGGUAGUAAAAGAUGUCCCCCCCGAGUUCCCUCUACUUCGGCGUCAGACACUGUCUUAUGCGUCAUACCUUGGAAACCUCUCUGAAUUGCAACUUGCCAAGAUUGAAAAUCCAGCUGCAAGGUACCUCACCGGCUGGUCUUUAGGAAAAGAGCAACUAAAGGACGGACAAGUGGACACCUUCAAAGGAUCAUUCUACGCCAACUGCGCCUUUUAUACAGACCCCAAACUGGAUUGCGCGAAACCAACUGCCGAGUUUUCUCCAGACAACUUCCCGGAAUAUCUCUCACCAAACAUCUGGCCCGAAGAGGAUGUUUUACCUGGUUUUAAGAACAGCCUCGAGGACCUUUGCCGCCUUCUGAUCGAUACUGCUGUUCUAGUAGCGCGAGCCUGUGACCAAUACGCAGAGCGUGAAAUUGACGGCUACACAAAAGGGUACGUCGAGCACGUCGUCAGCACAAGCAAUACCACCAAGGCUAGACUACUUCACUACUAUCCUCAAUCUCAGGACAAUUCAAACGUGAACGAGGAUGAUUGGUGCGGUGUACAUCUGGACCACUCCGUGUUGACGGCCUUGACAUCUGCCAUGUUUGUUGACGAACAAACGACAUCGACCGUAGUCUCUGUCCCCGAGACUGGCUCGACGCUUCCACCGCUGGAUGAAAUGUCGGGAAGCCCGGAUCCUUUGGCUGGCCUCUAUAUCAAAUCUCGGGCUGGAGAGACGGUUCAAGUCAAGAUCCCGAGAGACUGCAUUGCUUUCCAGACAGGCGAGGCAUUGGAGAAGAUUACGAAGGGGAAGUUCAAGGCUGUUCCGCAUUUCGUACGAGGCGUUCGGCCCUCUAUGAGUAAUGGAAGGGUGGCGCGAAACACACUCGCAGUAUUCACACAGCCCAACCUUGGAGAGGAGGUGGAUACAGACCAGCACAUAACUUUCGGGGAGUUUGCCAGGGGCGUCGUGAGCAAGAAUACGGUCGAGACUCAAUCAUAACAGCCAUCUUUCUUUCGAAGAAAAAUGAAUAUGCAUACAGUCGCUCAAAUUAAUAUGCUCCGUAAUCACAAGCCAAAGGGCUGUCGGAUACAAGCUUCACGAGAGAGUUUAUCAGACGCACUGCAGACGACUAGUAGUUGGAAACAUCCGGUAUGAGUGUUUUGACUAGGUUCGGGUGAUAAGUAUUAUGACUUGGCAAAAUGGCGGUAAUAAGAUGUCCCUAAUAUGGUCUGAUAUGAAGAACUUCCCGUAAUGAUGCCAUUGCUGGACGACUCUUCUUUCGGAAACCAUAAUCCAAACGUGGACGAAAAUUCAGGCAGUCCAACUUGUAUAGAUGUUAUUACGCGGAAUAAGUCAUUGGUUAACUGC